UCCGUGUCCGCCUCUCUCCGCCGUCUAAUGUCUGAUCUUCUAGGUCUCCUCCACAAAUUCGAACAAGAAUUUGUCUUAAUGUGCAAAACCAAAAUGGGAGUCAAUGCUUCAGAGCCAAAACGAACACGAUCGCGACCUAGUCAAUCGGAGGGGAGGCACCCGUCGACGAGACGAUCUCCAUCAACGAGCACCACCGGCACAACAACAACCACGACGACAUCGAAUUCUAACAAAACUGGUCCCUCCUCCUCCUCCUCAGGUGCUUCUUCUUCAGUCGCUAGUCGAACAUCUCUCGCUAGUCUUCGAGAAUCCUUACCGGAGAAUCCUCACAUAUACAACGUCUCCGAGAUUCGUGCCGCCACCAACAAUUUCCUCGCUAAUCGCUUAUCUUCAUCUUCCUCUAAAGCCUCGUGGCGUUGCAAUUUGAGAGGGAAAGAAGUCGUUGUGUUUCAGAGAAAGUUUAGACGGAGAAUCGCCAUGGAUGAGCUUAGAGAUCGUCUUUCAGAUAUUUGCCGGAGCAACCACGGAAGCAUCAUAAAUCUACUCGGCGCUUCUGUUUCCGGCGGUGGAAGAGGAGGAGGAGGAGGAGGCGAUCACAUCUACCUAGUCUACGAAUACGUCAACGGAGCAUCUCUCGCUGAUUGCUUGAGAAACCCUAAGAACCCUAAUUUCACAGUUUUAUCGAAUUGGACAUCACGGAUUCAAAUUGCAACAGAUCUAGCUCAUGGACUCGAUUACAUCCACAACAAGACUGGAUUAAAGAUCGAAAAUCUCGUUCACAAUCACAUCAAGAGCUCGGCGGUGAUCGUGACGGAGCCUGAUUUCAACGCUAAGAUCUGUCACUUCGGAACUGCACAGCUUUGCGGUGAAACAGAUGAAAUGUCACCGGAGAGAGACGAAUCGAAAAAUUCCAGGCGAUCUGAUAGCAGAGCGAUCAGAUUCGAAGGAGUUAGAGGUUACAUGUCGCCGGAAUUUCAAACAUCGGGAAUCGCUACUCAGAAAUCAGACGUUUACGCUUUCGGAGUUAUGAUGCUGGAGCUUCUCUCAGGCGAGGAGCCGUUGAAGUAUAGGUAUGAAAAAGCCACCGGAGAUUUCGAGCGGACGUCGGUGAUUGAAACAGCGGGAGCGGCGAUCGAAGACGGAGAUGGUGAUAGAGAGGUGAGAUUGAGGAGGUGGAUGGAUCGGAGAUUGGGGGAUUCGUUUCCUGUGACGGUGGUGGAAAAAUUAACGCGAUUGGCGUUGGAUUGCGUUCAGGAUGAUCCGGUGAAUAGGCCGGAGAUGGGAAGAGUCGCCGGGAAAAUAUCUCAAAUGUAUUUGGAAUCGGAAAAGUGGUCGGCGAAUAUGAAACGGCCAACGGAUAUCACCGUCUCCUUCGCUCCCAGAUGAGGGAAUCUUCUUUUUCCUAUUUUUAAUUUUUAAUUUAUUUCAGUUUUUGUAAAUUCGUUAGUAGGCUAAUUUUUUCCCCAAAUUAAUUUAAUGAUGAUUUGGUUGUAAUUACGACAUCUCUUCGUUUGAAGAUUGUUGCAGAGUAAUUAGAAUAAUAGUUUAUUGUGUUCGUGGGGUAUGAAGAUUGUGAUAUAAGCUGUGAGCAACUAAGAAAUUGAUUGGAAUUAA